ACAGCGCCCCAGUUGGAACACUGAGACAGUCUGUAGCAUGCGCUGCUGUUGAGUCUUUCUGUUUGUAUACAGUGCGCUGUCUAAUAGGGGCUGGCUUGCAUUCUCUUCUUUAUGGCAUAGUUAGUGCACCACUGCAGUGACUGGAAACCUAGUGCAGGGCAGCAGUAACACGGAACUGUAGUGUUGUGCAGGUGCCUUCUCCAACAGGACUUACAGAAAACAAUUGACGGGAUAAUUAUUAAUAUUGUUGUCAUUAUCCAGACAAAAAAGUGUCGACGGGGAGCAGAAGAGCAUUUCUGGUGACUGUGGAAACAAAAUCCACAAAUUUAAAAGGAUGAGACCUUUAUUUGCUAUUCUCAUCCUCUGCAUAAGCGCCCCUGUCCCGCAUCUAGCUAAAGGGGAAGUUUGUGAGCCCAACCUAUGUGAGAACGGGGGCGCCUGCUUGACGGGGUUGGCUGACGAGCCUUUUUCAUGUGAGUGUCCUGCUGGCUUCACAGAUCCCAAGUGUUCUAGUAUUGUGGAGGUUGCGGCAGAUGGGGAGGAACCUACUACAGCAGGACCCUGUCAUCCUAACCCAUGCCACAAUGGAGGGACAUGUGAAAUAAGUGAGACUUACAGGGGGGACACAUUUAUAGGAUACAUCUGCAAGUGCCCACUUGGCUAUAAUGGAAUCCAUUGCCAACACAAUGUCAAUGAAUGUGAAAAGGACCCCUGCAAAAAUGGUGGGAUUUGUACAGAUAUGGUUGCCAACUACUCUUGCGAAUGCCCUGGGGAAUUCAUGGGAAGGAACUGUCAGUACAAAUGCUCUGGUCCACUUGGAAUGGAGGGUGGCAUCAUAUCCAACCAGCAGAUCACGGCUUCUUCUACACACCGCGCUCUCUUCGGCCUCCAGAAAUGGUACCCCUACUUUGCCAGACUGAAUAAAAAGGGCCUGGUGAACGCCUGGACUGCCGCCGAGAACGACAGAUGGCCGUGGAUUCAGAUAAACUUGCAGAGAAGAAUGAGAGUUACAGGACUGAUAACUCAAGGAGCCAAAAGAAUCGGGAGCCCGGAGUAUAUAAAAUCAUAUAAAGUAGCCUACAGUGACGACGGGAAGACCUGGAGAACGUACAAAGUUAAAGGCACUGAUGAAGACAUGAUCUUCCGAGGAAAUGUUGACAACAACACCCCCUUUGCCAAUUCCUUCACUCCGCCUGUGGAAGCCCAGUAUGUCAGACUGUACCCACAGGUCUGCAGAAGACACUGCACCCUCAGAAUGGAGAUGCUUGGCUGUGAACUGACAGGCUGUUCUGAGCCAUUAGGGAUGAAAACGGGUCAUAUCCAGGACUAUCAGAUAACCGCCUCCAGCAUCUUUCGAACUCUCAACAUGGACAUGUUUACUUGGGAGGCCGGCAAAGCCCGUCUGGAUAAGCAAGGCAAAGUCAAUGCAUGGACCUCAGGGCACAAUGACCAGUCACAGUGGCUACAGGUUGAUUUGCUCAUUCCUACGAAAGUGACUGGCAUCAUCACCCAGGGGGCGAAAGACUUCGGACACGUCCAGUUUGUGGGUUCCUACAAGGUGGCGUACAGCAAUGAUGGGCAAAGAUGGGUAAUAUAUCAGGAUGAAAAGCAGCAUAAGGAUAAGGUUUUCCAAGGAAACUUUGACAACGACACGCACAGAAAGAACGGGAUAGAUCCCCCCAUCUAUGCUCGGUUCAUCCGGAUCCUGCCUUGGUCAUGGUACGGACGCAUCACUUUACGGGCUGAGCUGCUCGGCUGCACAGAAGAGGAGUGAACAGCCCUCGACUGCUGGGGAAAAAAAACUCAGCUCCCCAGAAUAGCCCUCAAAUAUCUCCUUAUGAACUGUGCGAAACCUGUACAAAUUUCAAAUCGGGUUCUCAUGAACAAGUGUUCGGUUGUGAUAGGCAGGAAUCUCUGAUUUGUACAAUGGCCUAAGCCUGCCCUUGUCAGAUGCUUGUCUUUUUUAUUUACUCAGAAUGGCUGGGUUGUCAGUUUUCUAUACAGCAUGUAUUUGUUUGGUAGGAGGUGGGGGCAGAGAGUUCACACUGUGGUUAAAAGAUCCAGGAAAGCUGCAGGUUUUUAUUUUAAUUGUAUUUAUUUUUUAUGAAGAAAAUGGUAAAGUGAUCCCUACCAGUAGAUUGUUUGUAUAAAUUCAAUCACAUUCUUGAAGAUGUGUUUAUGAGCACUGCAAUUGCAUCAAAAAUACACAAAACAUAUUUGCUAAUAUUUCCCUGAAACACAGUGUUUUUAAUAUCCUUCUGACCUUAGCCUUUAAAAACCUAGUUUAUGAAAGUUUAAUUAUUUAAUUAAAGAGUAGAAAAAAAUAUUGAUUUCCAACUUAGAACCUAGGUUAGGCUAAACCAUAUUGUCCACUGUGGAUUAAAAAACAAACAUAUAUAAUGAACAUUGGAGCAGCAAACUUGCCUGAAGCCUAUUACUGGGAAACAAGUUGGUGUUUAUUAUUUUGCUACUGUUUCCCAUUUUGUAUUUAAUAGAAUACAUUCCCAGUUGUAGAAAAGGUUAAUAUAAGACACUGCAGCUUUAUCACUACUUUGAGUCUGGGAUGACUAGAUUUAAGGAGUCCUGUCAAACGUGUCAUUGUAUGCUGCAUUUUAUUUAUUCAAGCACUUCGAUUGAGUUUGUGGUUGGCUUCAUGUUCUCUUAAAACAUUUUUAAAAAUCUCAUUUUGAGCUACGAUGCAAGUCCAGCUUUUAGAAAUCUCUCUAUAAAUUGGUUUUAAACAGCUCAGGAUAGACGUCACUUAUUUUGUAUGGUUUUAUUUUGUACCCACAGUUCUGAAGAUAUGCUUAAGAGUACAAUACUUGUUAAAUAUAUUUAAAAUGAUACAUUUUAUGUCUGCUGACAACAGUGUGAGGUGGAAAUGGAAAUGUACAGGAACAUCACUCCAUUUUAAACUGAGUUGAGGGGGGGUUUGUAUUAACACGUUAAUAUUGAUUGGCAACAUUUUUUCAACUAAUCCUAAAAUGUUAAUCACAUGAGAUAUAACAGUAUUAGAAAUAAUGUCACUUUUUUUAAAAAUAGUUUCUCCAAGGAAUGUUCUUCUGUGAUUGUAAUCUUAAAGCCACUAUAAAUUCUGAAGCCACCUUAAAAUCUACUAAACAAGAAGGAAUUUUAAACAAACAAAAAGCCAUGACAACCGUAGGGCAACUUCAUGGAAGUAAUUGAGGGCAGGCGAGAGUGUAUAUAAACUUGAGUAUAGGUUUACAAAGGUUCCACAAUACAGUGCACACAUCAUAUUAUCUGCUAUUGUUUUGAUGCAUAAUAAAAAGCCACUAGACUGUUACUGUGUCUGUAACCAUACUAACAAAACAGAUUCAUUUAGAUGUGAAAUGCAUUAUAAGAUUUCUGUUCUGAAAGGAAUGGUCAACCUUAAUUUUAUUUGUCAUAUCUCAGAGGUAUGGCUUGCAGGGGUGGAAAUGAUGGCAAAGCAUAUAUAUAUAUAUAUAUAUAUAUAUAUAUAUAUAUAUAUAUAUAUAUAUAUAUAUAUAUAUAUAUAUAUAUAGCAUGAUUAGGGAGGUUGAGGGUCACUGGAGUAAAUGGUAAAUACGAUCUGUAAUUAAAUUGACAUGUUCAAAAUACAGGAAAGAAGCACUCUAUGACAGUCCUGAUCACUAAUGUAGUAAAUGAUUUGACCUCCAGGUAUCUACUCAAGGGUUCAUGCUGUGCAGGUUUAUCAAUAUGCUGGAGUGGACAUAUUAUAACAGCCUGCUUUUUCUUCCCCCAAAGUCUGUUUUUAUCAUUAUUUGGUUCUUUUCAAAUGGAUGUUUUCCCACUUUCUGUGGUCAGUGGAAUCUGAAUGUUUUUGGCAGUGUUUAUAUAUGGGCAGGGCUCCAUACAGAAUUAUCCAAGUACCUGUCAUUCCUACUAGAACUGGAACAAUGCAAAGCAGUCUCAUAACAAGAAUCGUGAACAAAAUAAGGAAACACAAUUAGUGGUAAAUGGGAUUUUGUUUAAAACAUGCACCACAUCCAGAAAGAUGUGACAAUAUAAUACUGAAAUACUACUCGUAGUACAUCUUAUUCUACUUUAUAAUACUACUAUAGUACAAUCAUCUAGUAGACAAGAGUGAUGUUCUAAUCCAUAAGUCAUCAAGAGCAUCAUUAUUGGCACAGUUUGUAAUACUGUAAAUUGUACACAGGAGUGGAUUGGAACCAACCAUAAGACAAAAUGCAAAGAGGCCACUGAUUAUUAAUGUAUACUGUGUAACCAAUAUCUGAUUGUUUAAAGUGGAUUAGAAUAUAAUAUGGUUCUGGGACAGAAGGACAAAGUCAUCAGUUAUGACUUUCCUCACAAUGUAUGUUAUAAGGUGUAAUAUGCAUGCAAACAUAGCAGAGUUAUAAACACCUCUGUGCCCACCAGGCAUUACUGGUUAAGUCGCCAACAGAGAAGGCAGGAAAUGGGAAGGCAGUCAGAAUAAAGUAGAUGGAGUUUUGACAACCAUCAGCCCAAAACUGGAGCUGUGAAAUGUAUGUGGAUGUUCACCCGCCAGCUUUAUCCUGAAUUAAACAGUAACACUGACUAUCCUGAAUUAAACAGUAACACUGACUAUCCUGAAUUAAACAGUAACACUGACUAUCCUGAAUUAAACAGUAACACUGACUAUCCUGAAUUAAACAGUAACGCUGACUAUCCUGAAUUAAACAGUAACGCUGACUAUCCUGAAUUAAACAGUAACGCUGACUAUCCUGAAUUAAACAGUAACGCUGACUAUCCUGAAUUAAACAGUAACGCUGACUAUCCUGAAUUAAACAGUAGCGCUGACUAUCCUGAAUUAAACAGUAGCGCUGACUAUCCUGAAUUAAACAGUAACGCUGACUAUCCUGAAUUAAACAGUAACGCUGACUAUCCUGAAUUAAACAGUAACGCUGACUAUCCUGAAUUAAACAGUAACGCUGACUAUCCUGAAUUAAACAGUAACGCUGACUAUCCUGAAUUAAACAGUAACGCUGACUAUCCUGAAUUAAACAGUAACGCUGACUAUCCUGAAUUAAACAGUAACGCUGACUAUCCUGAAUUAAACAGUAACGCUGACUAUCCUGAAUUAAACAGUAACGCUGACUAUCCUGAAUUAAACAGUAACGCUGACUAUCCUGAAUUAAACAGUAACGCUGACUAUCCUGAAUUAAACAGUAACACUGACUAUCCUGAAUUAAACAGUAACACUGACUAUCCUGAAUUAAACAGUAACACUGACUAUCCUGAAUUAAACAGUAACACUGACUAUCCUGAAUUAAACAGUAACACUGACUAUCCUGAAUUAAACAGUAACGGAUGUAUUUUUCAAGAUUUUUUUCAGUAUAAUAGAUUGUAAGCAAAUGAACUCAUAUUGACUGAAAUUAAAAAUAAAUAUGUAUUUCAGCUAAAGAAAUGUUCUGUGGUAUUAUGGUCUACAACAGGAAACAGAUUUUAAAAACUAAAAUGUGAGAUCUGUAUAGAAAUGUUUUUUUAAAAAUUAUUUUAAUUGUGGAAUAACAGUGGCCUUCUGAAUUCAGAUAACUGAGUAGUCAACCUUGUUUAAUGUCUAAUGCAAUCUCUCAAAUAUCAAAAAGUCAUACAAAAUAUAAUGGCAUAGUAAUAACCUACAUUAUACAGCAUCUGAGUGCAAGGUAGUACAUAAAACAAAGUCAUAAAAUGAGUUUGUUAAUUUCCCCUUGAAAAUAAGGAUACAUUAAAACUGACACAUACAUUUAGAAACAAUUAGAGUUCUGAUAUUAAUAGCUUUUUGUACAGUGCAAAAGGAAGAAAAGAAACCUGGAAAAAACUCUGAUACACAUUAGGAUGUUGUUUUCUGUCUUCUCCAUUAAGCAGUUCAACAAAAUUCUUGAUACAGUGGUACGGUGGGGGAUCACUUUUAAUGAUUUCCCAACAGAUCACUGCUAGCAUUGAAAUAAUACCAAGUGCUUUCGAUGGAACUUCUUCUGAUGAAAAUUGUAUUGUAAUUGGAAAUGACAGCAUGUGGUUAGAUUUUAACUUUGAUUAAUUUAUUAUAGCAUGAAAAAACAUAUUCAGUGAGUAGGUCAAUAAAUGGAGCAACCACAGUAGAAGGCACAAGCUUGUUUGCUGAAAGAUUGCCCCUGUUAUUUUGUAAUCUGAUUUACACAUCAGGGGUGGAGAAUUGGUGAAGGGACCUUCCAUAGAAAAGUAAAGUAGAUGUACUAUUUACCAUUUACCAUCAACAUGAUCUAAGCACGAAGUAACCAAAUUGCUGAACAUAGAUCUAUAAAAUAGCAGGGGAGCACUGUAUGCUGUGAUACAUGCAGUGCAGCAGAUAACCAGUUUGGGUAUGUGAAAAUGAGGGGGGGGGGGGGCGGUAUCAGGCAGUUAUAUUUCCAUCAGUUUUCUAUAUUUGCCAUUAUUUCCACCCUGAAGUUUCUAAGAUGUAGAGAGCAUGUCACAGUGUUGUCCAGUUGCACACCAACUAAGUUCUCUGUAGUGUUCCCCUUGAUAGAUUUUGGAUACUUACUAGGUUAUAUAUGUUUCUUGAAAGGGCUUACAAUGUAAAUUACAUUAACUGGACAUAUGGUUGACUUUCUCCUUUGAGAACCAUUGCAUAAUUGUCAUUGUAAUGUAGAACAAAUUGUGGAUUAAAUCUUGUAAUAUUGAACUGUUGUUACUAUAAUGUGGUACUGGCUUAUGAAUUGUAAGAGAUUGCAAAAAAAUAUAUAAAAAAUACUAACAAGUACAUUUUAAAAAGCAUAAUUAUUUAUUAAAGGCAGAGUGACCACUGCAGCCUUUGCAACUAUGUGAUUUUUUUUUAUUAUUAUUAUUAUUUUGUAUAUAAUCUAGCCCUGCAGGUUAAUGCAAAAAUUAGUACGAGCUUGUCUGGUCUUCAAACUUAAAAUAAAAACAAAAAUGGAAAUUA